AUGGCAGAGUCGACAUCACGAGCUAUAUCUCGUUCACCACAUAGACUUGAAUAUACAUCAUGCAUUGAUACAACGAUAUCGUCAUCAACAUCAAUGACAACACGUGGAAAUAUAAAUGCUCAUUCAAGUUUUGAUUUUAUUAGUCAAACACGUGAUUGUGAUACUUCAAUAAUUAGAAAUUGUGAUCAUCGUACUAAGCCUCAUCGGCCACUUGGACGUGAUUUACGUCGAUUAGAUAUCGAUUCAAAUAAUCAUAGUAUAGAAGUAAAUAAUAAAAAAUUAGCUCGAACGGAAUCAAUUUCAUUACCAACGACGCCAGUUGAACAGAUAUCUUCAACAUUUAAUCAUAAGUGUCAUCUAUUAGUGCCAGGAUCAUUAAAUAAUAAUGAAGAUGAUGAUGAAAAUGAACAACAUUUUCAUUUUACACCCUCAAGAAAAUGUAGAAUUCCUGCACCAGAACAAGUAACAAUUGAAUCAAUAUCAAAUUCUAACAGAACUCAACAAUCUGCAUCAUUAUCUUCCUUAUCAUCAUCAUCAGAAUCAAACAUUCCAUUUACAAUUGGAGUCGAUUGGACUGAUCAAGCAUAUCCAAUAUCACAUUGUUGGUUUCCAUAUAAUCCAACUGAUCCUUCUUCAGCUCCAGCAUGUUCUUUUUUAUCUUGUCAAAAUCCCAAACCAACACUUGUAUUAUCACUUGUUCAAUGUGAAUCCUGUUUAAUCGUUGUACAUACUCAUCAUCUUUCAAAUUUACGAACAACAAAAUCAAAUAUAACAAAGUAUAUGCCAUCAUGUCGUCCUUCAUUUUGUGAUGACAAUGAUAAUGCUGGAAAAAAUAAGCAUGAUCGACAUUUUUGGUCUAAUAUAUCAAUACUUGCUAAGCCUUGUACUAGUUGUAAACGAAAAUCAAUGUCAAAUUCUCUAUUUGGUAAUUCUCGAGCAUCUCCAGUGCCAACAUCAGAUAUAAUGACUAAAGGUAUAAGUAAUAAUAAAAGUCCAGUGCCUGGCAGUCCACAAUUGUCUGGAACAGCAGGUGGUCUUCAAUGUUUAUGGUGUUCCCGUGGUUAUCAUAGACAAUGUUGGGAGCAAAUAUCUAAUCAAGAUGAUAAAAAUAAAUGUGAUUAUGGAGUAUUUAGAAAGAUAAUUGUUCGACCGCAAUGGAUACAUCGUAUUCCUGGUUCUUCAUCAAAUUUUCGUGCACAAAAUCCUUCGAAUAAUGAUAAUCAACAUGAUACAAUCUAUACUCCAUUACUUUUAUUUAUAAAUAAACGUUCUGGUGGUCAAAGUGGUGAAAAAAUCUAUCGAAAAUUAUUACAUCUAUUAAACCCUCGUCAAGUAUUUUUACUUGAUAAUGAUCAAACUAUAAUUAAUGCAUUAGAUAUAUAUUCAUCAUUAUCAAAUAUUCGUAUAUGCGUAUUUGGGGGUGAUGGAACAGUUGGUUGGGUAUUAGGUCGUUUAGCUGAAUCAUAUCCAUCAUUAAAUAAUCCGCCUGUAUCUAUAUGUCCAUUAGGUACAGGCAAUGAUUUAUCUCGAGUAUUAUUAUGGGGUGAACAAUAUGAUCCAAAACGUCUAUUAUCAACAUUAACACAAAUUCCUCAAGCGCAACCAAUAGCACUUGAUCGUUGGCAAGUAGCAAUGGAACAAUUAGAUGUAGCAAAUUCAAAUAUAAAUCCAAAUAAUGGAAGAACAUUUUUGUCAUUUAUAACACAUCCAAAAUUUAUUCGUGAUACAAAACGUCCAUCAUAUCAAAAUCAUCGUACAUUACCAACUACACGUUUUAUCAAUUAUAUGAGUUUCGGUUUAGAUGCAGCUAUAGCAUUAGAAUUUCAUGAUAGACGAUCACGUGAUCCGGCGAAAUUUUCAUCCCCAUUAAAAAAUAAAUUAAUGUAUUUAAAUGAAAGUCGAAAAUAUUUAAAUGAUUUUGCACGUUCAAAAUUAUGGAAUUUAAGUUCAUAUAUACGUUUAAUAUGUGAUGGAGAAAAUUUAACAGAUUCGAUUAAAAAUUGUCAUACAUUACUUGUAUUAAACAUUCCUGGCUAUGCAUCUGGGACAAACCCAUGGGGAAAACCAUCAACUAAUACAUCAUCAUCAUCUCCAUCAAUAACUAUACAAAAAGAUUCGGAUUCAUUUGAACAAAUUUCAACAAGUUCUGUUGAGUUAAAUGAUUUACCAGCUAAUGCACAUGAAGUUUAUGAAUUAAUUGCAUUAAACGAUUGUCCAAAUGAUCAAGUUAAUUCAUCAUCAUCAACAACAGUUAAUAAUGCAACUGGUCGUUUUGAACGACAAGAUUUUGGUGAUAAAAAAAUUGAAGUUGUAGGUUUAAGUACAACACAUAUGGCUACAAUACAUAUUGGUUUUCGUGGCAUGCGUAUAGCACAAUGUAGUCAGUUACGUAUUGAAUUAUGUUGUCCUAUGACAGCACAAAUGGAUGGCGAACCAUUUUAUUUACCAGAAUCCGUUGCUGUAAAUAUCACACAUGCGGGUCAAGUGUUGGUAUUACGCAAUGAAAACAGAUAA